GCUCCUACAGUUGCAAGGGCCACUUCGCCUCUGAGCAUCCGUCACAUGGAGUCGAGAUGUGGCCAUCUGGCAAGUUGCGUCGUGGCGAGGAGGCUGUGCCGACAGUCGAUCUCGUGGCAGCCCUGGAGGCGCCUCGCAGCUCUUGGAGCGACCUCGGAGCUCGGGCGGAGGAGCUGCGGCCCGAGGUCACCCUAGUUCCCGGCCAGAGCUUCGGAUGGAAGCAGGUCUCAGAGGAGGCAUGGCUGGGUGUCCUGGGCACCUCAGCGGUGUUGGUGGCGCAACGGCCGGAUGCCACCCACUUCCAGACCUUGGCAGGCCCGCCGGUCUCCGUCAAAGAACUGAGGAGUUACUUCGGCCUGGAGAUCCCGGCGCCGCCCUUGCCGGCGCUUUUGACAAGCUGGGGCGCGCGCUGCGCCCGUAUGGCACGUAUAGCCAAGUGCCUUGCCGGCCUCCGCGUGCUGCAGCAGGAUCCGGAGGAGACGCUCUUCAGCUUCAUUUGUUCGCAAAACAACAACGUGUCGCGCAUCUGCUUGCUCACAGAUCGCCUGCGAGCCCGAUUUGGGGAGGUGGUGUGUCGUUUGCAGCCACUUCCCGAAGACUGGAAGGGUGAAGAUAACAGACUUUCACACAUGCGCGAGUUCGGGGUGCGAAGAUCACUCCAUGCCUGGCCACGAUGCGCUGUCUUGGCCAAAGCGACGGAGCGUUCUCUCAAGGACUUGGGUCUCGGCUAUCGCGCCGCCUACAUCAGCCAAGCUGCCCGACGGCUUAUGGAAGAGGACGGCCGAAUGCUGCAGUGGCUGCAAAGCUUAAGGGCUGAGUCGGCGAGCCCAGUAGAUGCCAGCCAGCCGGAAGAGCCUGAGGCGGUGAAGGAGCGGCGCUUGGCUGUGCGACGUGAGCUUUGCGAGCUCCCGGGCAUCGGUGCCAAAGUAGCAGAUUGCGUGGCCUUGUUUGGCCUGGGUAUUCAUGGCGCCGUUCCAGUGGACGUCCAUGUGUGGCGCAUCACCGUAAGAGACUACGAGCCAGCACUCCGGGAGGCUAAAUCGCUGACUCCGGCAGUGUAUGAGGAGGUGGGCGAUGCGUUUCGACGCCGGUUCGGUGCCGCGUUUGCUGGCUGGGCACACUCGGUUCUCUUUGGUGCCGAGCUUGCCGCGGAGCAGCUGCCAGCGGACCUGCGAGAGGAGAUGGAGAGAUUUCGCGCUUGGGAGAAGCAGCAGAAGCAAGAGAAGAAAGCCGCAAAGAAGCCUGCGAUGCAGGCAUCGAAGGCUGCAGCAUCUCAAAAGAAG